CAUUGGACGCUGACUUUUUAGCUCGAAUAUGGGAGUGAUUUUCGCUGUCUCUCCGUUUCCCUCUGCCAUACAUUUUUGAGAUGCUAUUGCUACAGUUGCAGUCGAACACAAUACGAGAUACACGUUCUACUAGGGAGAUUUCAGAAUUGAAUAGACGAAAACGAGCGAGAAAAUAUGAAAGAAGUUUGUGUGAGGGAAUGCUUGAAUUCUGUUGGAAGCUAUGUUUUAGUAAUCGGGAGCUGGGUUACUGCAGGUUUACUUGAUUUCGCUUUGAAUUACAAGACUGCGAUUCAGACAGGAUCAUGGCUCCCUCUUUAGCUUUAUUGCAAGCAAAUACUCCGUGUUGUAUGCAGAAGUGGUAAAGUAGGAUUUAGUGCUGUAGAUUCCUCAAGUUUUAAGGGAGUACGAAUCAGUUGCUACGUCAGGGAAUUCAAUACUACAACCGCUGUGCCUCACCGUUUUGAGUGCUCAAUUUCACCACACUCUCGAGAUUCCUCAGUCCAAUACAACAGCUGCUUCUCUAAUGGCAACGAUAAUACAAAAAACUUUGCCUCCAACCCUGUUUCAGUAUUGCCGGACGACUUGAAACUCUUGCCUGACUUGCAAGAAUUUGUGUCUGCUGCAGAUCUUCCACCAUUCCAAGUUCCAUCCACCCGGGAAUUAAUCAGACGUGGAAGACAAGACCUUGCGAAUGCUGUACGCUGGAAAGGCGAGAAGGUUAUCUCGCAGCUCCUGUCGAAUCCUAAUUUUUCAUGGAGUAACGAUCCAACAAAACAAGUCGAACCGAAUCCAGGCAUUCAAUCAAAGAUGAGCACUUCAGAAUCACAAUGUAUUGCGGAUUGGUUGCCGUUACCUCGAAAUCGGAAGCUUGUGAAUCCUCAAAAGGGGUCUUCAAACCAGAAGCAGUUCCUAACACAAGGAUCAGUCUCCAGGAUCCAGCAAAUGCAUCUCAGAUUACUGAUCUGGUUCCUCAAAAUAGGCCAAAUCUCUUGAUUUCUCAAUAUGAAAUUGAAAAAAACCUGCACGAUUUAUCUGACAAGGAUUGUGCUACAGUGGAUAGCACCACUCAAGUUACUAACUCAGAUACCAGCAACAUGGGCUACGAUGGAAUUGAGAGCAAGCAAGUCUUGCCAAGAACACAGAAUGCGGUCAGCUUUUCUGUGGUUGAGGGUGCGCGUAAUGAAGGAGGUAGUGACGAUGAAGAUGCCACUGAAGUGUAUACUUACAAAGACUAGUGAUCUCGAGGAUGAUAAAUGGGUGUCGCAAGAACCGGUUAGGAGUGUGGGAGAGUCGAGAGAAAGCGAAGCAUGGCAAAAGGUUUUUAUGUUGAGGUCUAAGCUUACAUCGUUCUUUCAUAAGCCUGUCGAGGAAAGCAUGGCCAGGCCUCGUAGGGAUUCAGGAGUAGUAUUUGACAUCAUGGCUAAGCAACGGGAGUCUGAGGAACUUUCGCAUUGUUUUGAACAAGAAAAGGAUUUGCUGUCAGCAGGCAGGACAGAUUCAGAAGCAGAAAUUGCUCGAUUGACAUCACUACUUCACGUGAAGAACUUGGAGUAUCGCAAAGCAUCUCGUGAGUUAGAGGAGACCAAGGCAGUACUUUCACUAGUUCGUGCCAAACAGUCUGCUGAUAUGGCACAAGCUAAAUUGAUGGCUGUUGAGAAAGACUUACGUCUGCAAGCUGCUGAACAAGCUGUGGACUCGCUGAAAUUGACGCAGGUGGAUUGGUGGGGUGAGGGAAGUCGAGUUGAGCUUGCUGGCAGUUUUAAUGGCUGGAAAUCACAUUUUUACUUGUUGCCCGAUCUUUCCUCCAAGGCAUUACUAAUGCUGCCCGGCACACGCAGUCCCUUGUUGUGGAGAACAGAGCUGUGGCUUUACCCAGGUGUGUAUGAAAUCAAGUUUAUCGUGGACGGCAAUUGGGUGAUUGACGAUCGUCGAGAAAUCGUCCAAGGGAACUUGGAUGAAAACAAUCUUCUUUAUGUGGAACCUUGACUUUCUUCUGUCAGAUGUGGAUCCAUUUCUCUUUUUCUUUUUCACUUUAUCUCCUAAUAUUAAUGAUCCAAAAUUCUCACGACUAUUACAAAGCGCUGAGGUCAUGGUAAUGUUCGGUAUUGACAAUCGAACAAUUUUGAAUUACAGCCUCCUGCAAUCAUAUACUGAUUUUCUUGGUUGUA